AUGGAGCAAGGAAGAGUUGAGAAAGCACAUCAUAUUGUGGUGCUAGCAGAUCAGGGACAGGGCCAUAUUAAUCCGAUGCUCCAAUUCUCAAAACGCCUGGCUUCCAAAGGAAUCAAAAUCACUGUAGCCACCACACUCUCCAAUGCAAAGUCCAUGAAAACUACUUUAUCUUACUCCAUGAUCACUUUUGAAUCCAUUUAUGAUGAUUGCUCCCAAGGCGGGGUGGUAGGUCCUGGAGGUUUCAAAGGAUUUCUAGACAGAUUCCAGGCCAGUGGCUCAACAAACCUCACCAGAUUCAUCUUGGAUCAUGAACACCCUGUUAAGUGCCUUGUUUAUGAUGCUAACAUUCCCUGGGCUUCCAAAAUUACAACCCAAUUGGGCAUAGCCGGCGCGGCCUUUUUCACUCAAUCAUGUGCUACUGCUGCUACCUACUAUCCUAUGUACUGUGAGGUUUAUGAAAAGACUCCUCUUUCCAUGCCUAGUUUUCCGGUAAUCACAGGAUUGCCAAAGCUCAGGUUUCCGGAUCUGCCAUCUCUUGGUUGUAGCACUGGUCGGUAUCCCCCAAUAAUCAUUCACAUACUUGACCAGUUUGACAACUUUGGAAAGGCAGACUGGGUCCUCUUUAACUCAUUCAAUAAGUUGGAAGAAGAGCUAGUCUUGAUUAUGUAUGCACGCCAGACUUGGGGACAAGAAGUUAAUAAUACUUCAGGCUGCGCCAAGUAUAACUUGUUGGGACAGGUGGGGAAGAGGGACAAAGUGAAGACGGGGUUUACUCAAACGAGUUGA